AUGGCCAAGGCUUCAGUGAGUAACACACCAGAAUGUUCUAUUUGUUGUGAAGGUUUUAAAACACCUAAAUUUAUAACAUGCGGUCAUACUUUCUGUCUAGGCUGCGUAGAGACAUAUAUUGGUGAUAAAACAGAAACAUUCCCCUGUCCGAUCUGUCAGCAGGAUGUUAAGAUUCCAGAAGGUGGUGCUAAGAUGUUUACAACAAAUUUUAGUUUA